AGUGACGACGGGGCAGCGUCGGGCGCGCUCUCCCCCGGCGCGGCCUCGGGGCUCCCGCGGCAGCCACUGUCGCCGCGCGCACCCGUGCGCAACCCGCGCGUCGAGCACACGCUCCUGGAGACCAGCCGGCGGCUGGAGCUGGCGCAGGCGCACGAGCGUGGGUCCGGCCGCAGCAGCCCCGCCCCCGGCCCCGCCCCCAACCCCGCCCCCGCCUCGCCGGGCCCCGCGCAGCUGCAGCUGGUGCGCGAGCAGAUGGCCGCGGCGCUGCGGCGCCUGCGCGAGCUCGAGGACCAGGCGCGCGCGCUGCCCGAGUUGCAGGAGCAGGUGCGCGCGCUGCGUGCGGAGAAGGCGCGGCUGCUGGCGGGGCGCGGGCCGGCCGAGCCCGACGGGGAGGCCGAGGCGCGCCCGGACAAGCUCGCUCAGCUGCGGCGGCUCACCGAGCGCCUGGCCACCUCCGAGCGCGGCGUCCGCGCCAGGCCCGGCGCCCGGGCUGACGGCCCCGACGGGUCGGCUUCGAGGCGCAGCGAGGGCGCGCCCCAGGUCCUCGACGGGGCGGACGGGAUCCCCGACGGAGCGCCGCAGACGCGGGAGGCGAGCGCCCAGGCCGUGCCGGAGAUUCAAGAGGCGGGCGCCCAGGCCGUGCCAGAGACCCGGGAGGCCGGCGUGGAGGCAGCUCCCGAGACUGUCGAGGCGGACGCGUGGGUGACCGAGGCGCUGCUGGGGCUGCCCGCGGCCGCCGAGCGCGAGCUGGAGCUCAUGCGCACCAGCCUGGAGCACCAGCGCGGGGUGAGCGAGCUCCUGCGGGGCCGGCUGCGCGAGCUGCAGGAGGCCCGCGAGGCUGCCGAGGAGGAGGCGGCGGCAGCGGCAGCGGCUCAGCCUCAGCCGCGCGAGGCUGCCACCCAGACCCCGUGGGCUUGUGUCGAGAAGGCCACGCAGACAGAGCCCCCCGAAGAGGCCCCUUCCCUGACGCAGGAGAGCCCGCCCAGCCCCACGGAUGGGGACAGAGCCGUGGCCCCCGCCGGCGUCCUCAAAUCCAUCAUGAAGAGGAGAGACGGUACACCUGGCGCCCAAUCCAGCCCAGGUCCCAAGAGCCUGCAGUUUGUUGGGGUCCUCAACGGAGAGUACGAGAGCUCCUCCAGCGAGGACGACACUGACAGCGACAGCGAGGACGGCGCUGCCGAGCCCCCAAGGAACCGCUCCUCGGGCUCCGGGGAAGACAGCAGCGGGGGAUCCGACUCGGGCACCCCCGGGCCUCCCAGCAGCGGGGAUGUCCAGGACCCCGAGGCGGAGGCGGAGGCGGCGGCGACGGAGCCUGAGCCUGAGCCUGAGCCUCAGCUGGGUGCACAGGGCAGGUGCGAGCUGAGCCCCCGAUUGCGGGAGGCGUGCGCAGCGCUGCUCCGGCAGCUGAGCCGGCCCCGCGGAGUGGCCCGCGACAGCGGCGCGGCGCGCCUGGUGGCCCAGGAGUGGUUUCGAGUGUCGAGCCAGCGGCGCUCUCAGGCGGAGCCCGUGGCCGGGGUGCUGGGCGCGGUGGCGCGCCUGGGACCUGAGCUGCUGGCGCACGUGGUGAACCUGGCGGAUGGCAACGGGAACACUGCCCUGCACUACAGCGUGUCCCAUGGGAACCUGGCCAUCUCCAGCUUGCUGCUGGAUACCGGGGUCUGUGACGUUGACCGCCAGAACCGAGCCGGCUACUCGGCUCUCAUGCUGGCUGCGCUCACCUCCGUGGGGAGGGAAGAGGAGGACAUGGCUGUGGUCCAGAGACUCUUCCACAUGGGCAACGUCAAUGCCAAGGCCAGCCAGACGGGGCAGACGGCCCUCAUGCUCGCCAUCAGCCAUGGCCGCCAGGACAUGGUGGCGGCCCUGCUGGCGUGUGGGGCAGAUGUGAACGCACAGGACGCAGAUGGGGCCACAGCACUGAUGUGCGCCAGUGAAUAUGGGCGCCUGGACAUGGUCCAGUUGCUGCUGGCCCAGCCAGGCUGCGACCCUGCCCUCCUGGACAAUGAGGGCACCAGUGCCCUGGCCAUGGCCCUGGAGGCCGAGCAGGAUGAGGUUGCCGCUCUGCUGCACACCCACCUGAGCUCGGGUCAGGCUGGUCCCCUGCCGGCCCCUGACUCCCCUGCGGCCGAGCCUAGUGGAGGAGGCGGCAGUGACAAUGGAGAGGACCCCCAGCCUCAGUGAGCUACCUGGCACACUGGACCAGAAAGCGGGGAGAGACCUUUCGCUCCCCCACCUGGGCUUCUGAGGCACAGCAGGGGCCAGCGUGGACCAGCAAGGUGGGGCAGGGGCUGAGGAAUGACAGAGCCCCUAGGCCACCCACUCCCCCAACCUCCUUUCCUAAUAAAGCAUUCCCCGCUCA